GAGUAUGUCAGGUGAGAGGCUCUGUCUCCCCUGCCUCCCCUGGUGUUUGUACAGCAGACAAUGGAAACUCAACGUCGCCUGGUACACGAACACAUCGUGAAACCGCUGGAGCUAACGCGGUUGUUGUUGUUGAUGAGACGACGAUGAUGAUGAUCUGGAGUCGGGGUCAUGGCAUCACCGCUGCCGCUACCGCUGAUGGCGGUGGUUGGAGUUGGCGCUGGGUGGCGUGGGGGGCCGUGGGAACUUCCCUGGCCGUGGGGGGCCUCUGGCUGUGGCUGAGCAAGAGGAGGAGUGAGACGAGGCUGCGUGUGGGCACGGUCUCCGCCCUGGCGCUCUUCCCCGUCAAGUCGUGCCGUCCGCUGGCGCUCACCGAGGCUACGUGCGGACCCAGGGGCAUGUCUCUCGGGCCCGUGAGCGACAGGCAUUGGCUCGUGGUGACGGAGGAGAGCGGCGCCCAGGUGACGGCUCGCCAGGAGCCGCGCCUCGUGCUGGUCGAGGUCUCGUGGGACUCCGCCGCCGCCGGCCUCCUGCGCUUCACCGUGCCCGGCGUUGCCGCCGCCCUGGCCGUGCCCAUCUCGCUGCCGCCCACCAACCCCGUCCGCACAUGCAGGGUGUUUGGCAUGGACGUGCCUGGCCGUGACUGUGGCGACGAGGCUGCGGCCUGGUUCACGGCGUUCCUGGCGAGCGCCGUCCCCCUCCGCCUCGUCCACUUUGAGGACGGCAUGGAGCCCCGGCAGCUGCUCCGGAUGUCCGCGCCGUGCAUCCCCCUCAUCGCCCACACCCCCGCCGACAAGGUGGCCUACUCAGACUACAGCCCCUACAUGCUGAUGACCGAGGCGUCGAUGGAAGACCUCCACGCCAAGCUGGAGAAAAAAAAUGUCUCCCUUCGCAACUUCCGGCCCAACAUCGUCGUGAGCGAUUGUGCGGCGUUCGACGAGGACUCGUGGGAGCGGCUGGAGAUCGGCACGGUGCGGCUGAGGAAGCUGAAGCGAUGCGACCGGUGUGUGCUCACCACUGUUGACCCGGACACAGGAGUCAAGGACGGCAAGGAGCCACUUGAGACUCUGCGCAGCUACCGUCUGUGCGAGCCCACGGAGAAGCACGUGUGGGGCACGGCGCCCUUCUUCGGGGUGAACUACACCAUCGAGCGCCUGGGCGUGAUGCACGUGGGGGACCCGGUGUUCCGUGUGCUCCGCUAGGAGCCGCAGUGCCGCCACAGCACCACGGCACCACAGCACCACAACACCACCACGGCACCACUGCACCACCACCGCACCACCACGGCACCACCACGGCACCACCACCGCACCACCGCACCACCACGGCACCUCCACGGCACCACCACGGCACCACCACGGCACCUCCACGGCACCACCACGGCACCUCCACGGCACCACCACGGCACCACCACGGCACCACCACGGCACCACCACGGCACCUCCACGGCACCUCCACGGCACCACCACGGCACCACCACGGCACCACCACGGCACCACCACGGCACCACCACGGCACCACCCGCUCUCUACAGGCGGCACACGGGAAGAUGGCGCACGGGUUAGCCCCACCGUACCCUAGGUCGUUGUCAUCGCCGUCGUUGUCAUCAUCGCCAUCAUCAUCAUCGUCAUCGUCAUCACCAUCAUCAUCGCCAUUGCCAUCAUCAUCAUCGCCAUCAUCAUCGCCAUCAUCAUCGCCAUCAUCAUCGCCAUCAUCAUCGCCAUCAUCAUCGCCAUGAUCAUCGCCAACAUCAUCAUCAUCGCCAUCAUCAUCGCCAUCAUCAUCAUCAUCGCCAUCAUCAUCGCCGUCGUCGUGAUGGUGGCGCUCGAGCCAGGCCUGCGUGCGACUGCGGCGCGGUAGCGGUGCGGGAGCAGACUCCAAGCAAAGCCGUAGGACCCCCAAGCAGCUCAAGGGGCGGAGCGGGGGGGGGGGUGAUCGUCAAGUGAAGUAAUUAAUUCGCGAGCGAUCGGUGGUGGGGGGAGGGGGGGGUUGCGGAGUAUAAAACACCAGCGGGGGAUUUGUACCCGGAGAGACGCGGAGGGAGCGGCGGCCCCCCAGGGCAUCGCGGCUCGCGUGGCCAGGCGGGGGGUCCUUUGCCCAUACUUCACCACGCCGGUCAACUUGACGGCACGCUGCGCCGAGACGCUGCGCCGAGAUGCUGCACCGCGACCACUCAGCCUUCCCCACCUCCGUUUGCCGUGUGACCAUAUUUAGACGAAAUGUAAUCGGCAAAUUGUAACUCGAAUGUAAUCGGCAUUAAUUUUCAAUGUUUUUCGUUUAAUAUGUAAUCAUCUAACAUUAGCGUCGAAUACGCAGGAUGAUGUUUAUAGAUACCUCACUAAAAUUAUAUUAAACGAUCUG